AUGUUGCGGGAAGCGGUAGAUCAGGGGGCUUGCGGUAGUUCGGUCCCCCCCUCGCCUUCUCUCCUCCCCGGGAAAGCCACGCGCUCAUCUUCACAUUGUCAGCAGGAGGAGCUGCGAGAUCUGCUGGCUGCCUCCAGCUCUCGCCCCCCGCCCCCAGAGGACGAAAGCAAUAGCAGCCCGCGGCAGAAGGGAUUCUGGAGGGAGCCAGGCAUGGUGGAUCCGGCGGCGGAUCCUGGCAGGGGAACAUGCCCCGCUCCCGAGGGUGCCGCUGGGGAAGAAGAGGCUGCGGCAGCCGCUACCUCCGCGACGACCGAGGCUGCAGUUCAGCCGCCCGUGCCCCCUCCAGCAGCGGCGCCUCCUCCAGUCGGAGACCCGGAGAAAGCUCGCGAGCAGUCGCCGAUGCUGCACCUGGAUCUGUACAACUUCGACUGCCCAGAAGCCGAGGGCAGCCGCUAUGUGCUCACCAGCCCCCGCUCCCUCGAAGCCUGCGCUCGGUGCGCCGUCAAGCCGGUGGAGCUGCUGCCCCGGCCGCUCAGCGAGCUGGUCAAGGAGGCCCCCGGCAGGUCUAUGCGCGUGGCAGCCGGCCUCUAUGAGGCCUACGAGACGGAUCGGCAGAGGAAGCUGCAGCAGUGCCACGAAGAGAGGGAGCGGAUAAUCCGGGAGGAGAAGCGAAGGCUCUUCGCGCCUGUCGCGACCGGCAGCCUGCCUUCCUCCCCAGCCUCCAGGACGGCCUUCAGAAGCACCCUGGCCAAUGGGAGCUGUCCUCCUGCGGGCAAGCCAAGGGCCGCGGGGCCCUCCCCUCCUCCCCCCCUCAGUGGCCCCAAGACCAAGAAGAGCCACUCCCUGGAUUCCCUGCAAAAGAGGAGAGAGGGCUUCUCCACCAAGACCUCCUCCGACUCAGGGGCCUCUUCUUCCUACAGUGGAGACAGUGCCAGGGACAAAUGGCCCCAGGGGCUGCCUAGGACUAAGACCGUGGCCACCAUGACCUCCCUGGUGGGUCGGAGUUUCAGCUUGAGUGACCUGAGCCACUCCCCACAGACCACCAAGAAAGUGGACAGGAUUGUCAAGGAAGUGAAGCAGAAGAAAGGCUUCAAGGAGGUGUCUGAGAGAGACCGUAAGAUUGCGGCCCUGAUGAUAGCGAAGCACCAAGAAGACAGCCUGUGGAAGGAGCAGCGGUACAGUGCCCACCUCCAGUGGGAUGUGCAGAGGAGGCUGGCAGAGCAGAGGAGGGAGCAGGAGGAGCGGGAAAAGCAGCGGGCUUUGCUGCAGGGCCACAGGAUGUGGGAAUCUCGGCUGGAGAAGCGACGCGGCAGGCUGUCCCACACACGGGAGGAGGCUGUCCAGAUGAGGCAAAGGCAGAGCUUGAUGGAGGAUGAGAAGUGGCGGGAGCACCUGGAGAAGCAGGAGCGAAUGAAGAGGGAGAGGCUGGAGAAGGCUGCUCUGGAGGACAAGAAGAGGAAGCGCCACCAAGAGCACAACCUGAAGGCUCAGGAAGAAGGCAAGAAAGAAGCCAGGGAGCGAGAGGUGCAGCUACUGCAAGAGAAGCUUACCUUGGCUGCUCAGAAGAAGCUUAUGAAGGAACAGCUUCUGCAGAGAGAGAAGAAGCUGCUCAAUCAAACUGAGAAACAAAAACACGAGGCCAUUCUCAAGGGACUGGCUAGGCAGGAGGCCGAAGGGAAGGCAGUGCUGAGGGCAUCCAUGGAAGGGAACCUGAGCAAGGCUCAAGAGAACUAUCAGCAGGUCAUUGAGAAGAGGAACCAGGAACUGAGAGAGAGAGGCAAGCGGGAAGACAUGCAGAUCCAGAGGGCCAAGCUGGCAGCAGAGCGCAAAGAACGGGAACAGAAGGAGCACUUAAGGGCCUUAGCCCAAGCUUCAGAGAGGAAGCUCCAACAUGCUGCUCAGGUGGCCGAGGAAGUUGUCCAGCAGAAAGCCCGUAAGGUGGUGCAGAGCCGUCUGGAGAAGGAGAAGGUGCAGAAAGUAAACAAGAGAAAAGUCGAGGAGUGUGAAGAUAUCCGCCGGAGGGAGAUCCUGUUGUCUAUUGAGAAAAAGCUGGAGCGAAGUGAACAGAUUUGUAAGGAGAAAAAAAGUGUCUUGGAAAAUGCAAGGUCUGUGGCUCGAGCAUCAUUCCAUGUGCGGGAAAGAGUCCGGGAAGAGAUGAACAUGCGCACCUUUGACAAGAUGGCCUUGGAGGCAGAACUGCAGGCCGGCCUGGUUAAAAAAUGA